AUGCCGCGAGAAGAGCCUCUUUUGGCUCCAAGGCCAUCAUCAGAACAGUCUUCGAUUCGCAAUGCCGAGGAGGAAGACGCCUUGCUGACUGGUGAGCGCACCCACCGCAGCGGCGGAAGUCAUCGGGGGUGGGGAUUCUGGAGACAAGUCGGCCUCUUUGCCUGGGCACUCAUAGCCACCGUCGCCGUCAUAGUUAUUGCAGUUGUCUACCAACACGAAACAAGCCGGGCGCAGAGCCACGAGAAAGAACCAUGGGGUCCUGGAGGAAGACCGACUGGGAAACGCAACCUUAUCUUCAUGGUCUCCGACGGAAUGGGCCCAACCAGUCUUACCAUGACCCGAAGCUUCAAGCAGCUCACACAGGGGCUUCCAGCAGAUGAAGUCCUCAUGUUGGACAAGCAUAUUCUUGGUACAUCGCGGACAAGGUCCAGCUCGAGUUUGGUCACAGACUCGGCGGCCGGAGCGACGGCCUUCUCGUGCGGAUUCAAGAGUUACAACGGCGCCAUCUCUGUGCUUCCCGACCACUCCCCCUGUGGAACGGUGCUCGAGGCCGCGUCUCUGGCCGGCUACAAGACCGGGUUGGUGGUCACUACCCGCAUCACCGAUGCUACACCGGCUUGCUUCGCGUCACACGUAAAUCUCCGACAGUACGAAGACCAGAUCGCGGAACAGGAGAUUGGUGAACAUCCGUUGGGCCGUGUGGUGGACCUUAUCAUGGGCGGUGGACGAUGCCAUUUCUUGCCGAACACAACGGAUGGUAGCUGUCGGGCGGAUGAGCGUGAUCUUGUGGCUAUCGCCAAGGAAAAGGGGUUCUCAUACAUCAGCGACCGGAAAGGUUUUGACAGCCUAAAUGGGGGAACGGAAUCAAGAUUGCCACUUUUGGGCCUCUUCGCGGAAAAGGACAUCCCCUAUGAAAUCGACCGCCGAACUCAGAAUGAUGUGUAUCCGUCUCUGGAGGAAAUGGCGCGGACGGCACUGAAAACCCUCAGCCAUGCCACGGAGAACAGCGAGCAAGGAUUUUUCCUCAUGAUUGAAGGCUCCCGCAUCGACCACGCAGGUCACGGCAACGAUCCAGCUGCGCAAGUCAACGAGGUUCUCGCUUACGACAAGGCCUUUGCCGCGGUUCUCGAGUUCCUCGAGGAGGAUUCCACGCCAGGCGUUCUGGUCGCCACAUCCGACCACGAAACCGGUGGUCUUGCCGCAGCCCGCCAGCUACACGAUGCCUACCCCGAUUAUCUCUGGUAUCCAGGCGUGCUCGCCAAUGCAAGCCAUUCUUCGGAGUAUGCCGCCAAUGAGCUCCAAGACUACCUCAGCCAGAAUCCCGAGAAGCCUGCCCAGGAGACUUACACUCGAAGCCUCCUCAAGAAGGCCCUAGGAAUUGAAGACGCGACUCAGCAGGAGAUCGACUCCCUUCUUGACCCCAACAGCCCAAUCAUCCCAGCCUACGUCUUCGCCGACAUGAUCAGCCGCCGAGCCCAAAUCGGCUGGUCAACGCACGGCCACUCUGGCGUCGACGUAAACAUCUACGCCUCAUCCUCCAAAGACGCCUGGCCGCUCCAGGGCAACCACGAAAAUACCGAAGUGGGAGCCUUCCUCGCCGACUACCUCGGUCUAGACGUCAGCGCAAUCACAAACCGCCUCCAGCACUCUGAGUACUGGUCCGCUGCUUCUGGUCCUGAAAGUGGAAAUGUUGCCGCUGAAGACGGAAAGUUCAGCUGGCUGGGUAACCCGUUUGGCGACGACGUUCGUACCGAUGGACUCGACACGUACCAUGGUGACUUCAAGCGGAAGCGCGGAUUAGUCGGUGAUGAGUGUGGAUGUGGCAGUGUUCACUGA